AUGGCGGUCGCUCUGAGGCUUUUGCUGGGCGCGCGCGUUCGUGCUGCCGUGGCUCGCCGUGGUUUCGCGACCCGGGGAAUGGCAGAGCCGGGCAUUCUCGGCCGGGAGCCGGACCCCGAUUCCGACUGGGAGCCGGAGGAGCGGGAGCUGCAGGAGGUGGAGAGCACCCUGAAACGACAGCAGAAAGCCGCCCGAUUCCAGAAAAUUCGGAGGCAAAUGGAAGCGCCGGGUGCUCCGCCCAGGACCCUGACGUGGGCUGCCAUGGAGCAGAUCCGGUAUUUGCAUAAAGAAUUUUCAGAGGCCUGGUCAGUUCCCAGAUUAGCUGAAGGCUUUGGUGUCAGCACUGAUGUGAUCCGGAGGGUUUUAAAAAGCAAGUUUGUCCCCACAUUGGAGCAGAAACUGAAGCAGGAUCAAAAAGUCCUUAAGAAACCUGGGCUUGCCCACUCGCUCAGGCAGCUCCCAGGUUCCCAGGAUACCUUGAAGAUGCUGCCCGCCGGCCACUCUGGAUCAGGUGCUUUGUUGAUGCCAACAGAUGAAACCUCAUUCAAAGGCUGGGGUCACAGCACAGGUUUGAAAGUGAUAGAAUCGAACACUCCCAGUACAGAUUCGCCAAGGAGACAGAAGGGAGGGGACAGAGGAACCCAGGACCCGCAGCAGGAGCGCCGUGUGCCUGUUGCAGCCACAGGUCGUGCGCAAGAACUGCGCAGGUGCGCCCCCAGUGAUCGUGCGGCCUCUAGACGGGCUCACGGGGAUGGGCUGCCCAGUGCCGAGAAGCUGGAAGAGGUGAAGGCACAGGAGCCAGGUGACCAGAACUUCAGCAGCAGCGUAGUCCAGAGGGGGCGAGAGUUCUUUGACAGUAACGGGAACUUCCUGUACAGAAUUUGAGCCGGAGCCUGGACUGUGCAGAUGCCACCUGAAGUGCGGCUUGGGAGAGUAGCUUUGGAGCUGCCUGGACUUCCGCGCGUGGAUUAUCCACCUUGGGGUAGGAGGAAGCGAAGAGUCUGCAACGUGGGAGGAGAGGGCUGCUCAGAUCUGAACCCGACGAAGGGCAGUGAGCUGCACGGGGCACAUGUGUUCGGCAGGGCAGGGUUCGGGACCAGGGCAGGGUUCGGGACCGGCUGGGUAGAGUCCAGCCUCCUGCAGCUCUGCUCCUGGUCUGGCCCGGAUGGGUCCUCAGUGCUCCUCCUCCUCGCCUGAGCUCUCUCUGUUGAAACCAGCCCGGGUUGUGUGCGUUGUUAAGACCCUGUGUGAUGCUCGUAGUAUAUGUUUGGGAAAAAAUGAAAAGUUUGCCUUCUAACCUUGUUUACUUCUUGAUUAAUGAAUACUGAUAGUUCUGGACCUGCUUAGUAGCCAAUUGAAUGUGUUCCUUAUGUGCAAAAUAAAGUAAAGUGUAGCAGUU